AUAUGGAUCAAUAUUAUGAUGAUUAUUAGCCAACAACCAAUAAUAAAGAUGUAGGAUCUAAUAUUAAAACUAGCUCAAAAUCUAUCGUAAUGGGAAUUCUAAUUUAUGUUGUACUUUAACAAUAAGAGAUAAUACUAAAUUUAGUGAAAUACGUAAAUCUUUGUAAUAAAAAUGGGACACCUAAUUUAAUAGAUUAAGAUUAUUCAAUUAGGAAGGAGUAGAAAUAACUGAAGAUGAUUUGGAUUAUAUAAAAAAUGGAACUGUGUUAUUUGCAUCAAAAGGUAAGAGAGAAUAUAUAAUUAAUUUAAAGGUGAAGAAUUUGAUGAAAGUUUUUAAUUAGCAGAAUAUGAACAAUUAUAAGAUAUAGGAGAAGGAGGAUUUGGUAAAGUAGUUUUAGGUAGACAUAAAUAAACAGGUGAGAAAGUGGCUAUAAAAAUGGUUAAAUAAAUGAUGACUAAUGCUUAAGUAUAAUUUCAUUAUAAUGAGGAUGUUGAUAUGAUAUUCAGGGAAGCAAGGGCUUUAAAGUCUUUGAAACAUGACAAUAUAGUAAAGAUUUAUAAUGCUUUUUUUUUACAGAAUUUAUAAACAGUUUAUAUAAUGGAAUAUUUAGAAGGAGGUGAACUACUUUAAUAUUUAUAAACCAAAGGGAAAUUUGAAGAGAGUGAAGCUAGACAUUAUUUUAAAUAAUUAGUGAGUGCAAUAGCAUAUUGUCAUUAGAAGAAGAUAAUUCAUAGAGAUUUAAAAUUAGAAAAUCUAUUAUUGACAGGCAAAGAUUCUGGCAUAAUAAAAUGUAUAGAUUUUGGUAUAUCUGGUUUUGCAUCAAAUGAUAACCCAGAAAAUGCCGAUGCAGGUAGUCUGAGAUAUAUGGCACCUGAAUUAUUAAAAGGUAUAUAUAUCUCACUUCUAAUUAUACUAGGAAUGGAUAAAGCAGUUUCUCCUUUAGUAGAUGUAUGGUCUAUGGGUAUUAUAUUAUAUGGAAUGUUAUUUGGUACAUUACCAUUCACUGGUAAUACUAAUAAAGAGAUUAUCGCUUAAAUAUCAGAAGGAAGACUCAAUAUUCCUCAAGAAUGCAUUAAUAAACUUUCUCAAAAUUGUUUAGAUUGUUUAUCUAGAGCCUUAGAACCUGAACCUAAAAAAAGAAUCACUUCUAUUGAACUAUUAAAUCAUCCUUUUGUUACUAAUGAAAAUACUCUAAGCAAUAAGUAAAUUAUAUUCUAAUUUAGACCUAAAAUAUAAACUUAAUUAUAAUAGAUAAAUGAAGAUGAAAGUUAAGCUGUUUAACAAUAAUCAUAAUCAGCUACCAAUAAAAAAUAAAAUGUUCAGUUUUCUAAAUAAUUUGCUAAGUAACAUCCUUAAUCUACCAGACAAUUAACUUAAACUUAAAAGAAACCUCCUUAAUAAUCACCAUUAUUAUAAAAAUAAACUUAAUCAGUAGGAUAAACUAUUAAAUAAACAAAAUUCAGUAAAAAAUGA